AUGGGCGUGCGGUUACGGGCGAACGGGCACCGGGGUUCAGGCGCUGGGCGUCGGAUGCCGGAGCGCUCCAUGCACGCGGUCGGGGCGCUGGAGGCGAUGGCGCGGUGGCGCAAGGGCAAGCCAGAGCGGGGAGGGAUGCGGGAGGCCAGGGCGAGGCCAGGGGUCGAGCCGAGCAGGGGGAAAGGGGGCGGCCGACACGUUGAGCGCGGCGCUGCAGCGGCAGCGACCGCGGCCGCCGACGAGGUCGCAAGGAGCAAGGCGUGCGGGCUGCGGGGCUGGCGGCGGCCGAGCGCGACCACGGCGGGGCAGUGGACGCAGCCGGUGGGCGCGAGGCGGGCUGCGGGAGGAGGUGAGGCCAGGGUGGGUGCGCGAGCACGGAGCGGCCUGAGCGCGGGCGAGUGGGGCGUGGUCAUCACUGGCGAGGACGCCACGGGCGCGGGGUCAGAGAGGGGAGAGAGAGAGGAGGAGGGAGUUUCCUCACCCCACGUUGCGGGGGAACAAGCGGCGAGGCUCGAGGUGGCUGCUCGGGGGGAGACGAGGGUGCGUUCCGGCGACGUGGCUCCUGCGGCGGGGUCCCGGGCAGCGUCGGCUUCACGACGAGGAGGAGGCCAUCGGGGAGGAGAUGAGGAGGCGUCCGAGACGAGGUGA